GGUCAGCUAACAUUCAGUAAAUCUCCACGAAAGUACAAUACAUAACGUUAAUCCUACUACAAUUUUACAGACAGAUGUCGGGAGGCCCAGCGGUGCGUGUGAGCAUCGAGUCGUCCUGUGAGAAGCAGGUUCAAGAGGUGUCACUGGAUGGCGUGGAGACCUACGUGCCGCCCCUCUCCAUGUCCCAAAGCCUCGCUCGAUUGGCUCAGAGGAUUGACUUCAACCAAUCAGACGACUCCAAUGACGAGGAUGCGCCCAGUAGCGAGACCCAGUGGAAGCAAGAGCAAGAGGAAGAGGAAGGCAUGGUGCGGUUCCAGCCGUCUCUGUGGCCGUGGGACUCCGUGCGCACGGCACUGAGGGGCGCGUUGACAGAAAUGUGUGUGUUGCACGAUGUGCUCGCCGUGGUCAAGGAGAAGAAGUACAUGGCUCUUGACCCUGUCUCCCAGGACAACACCAGCCCUAAGGUCCCGCAGGUGCUGCAGCUGCUCAGUAAGAAGCGCGCUCUGGCGCAGGCGGGGAGUGUGUUGCUGCGCGGCGCGGAGCGUCUCAGUCGGAGUGUGUGUGAGACGGCCGAGAGCCGCCGCCAGAGAGACUUCAACAGCGAGCUGCUGCGUCUGCGCUCCCAGUGGAAGCUCCGCAAAGUAGGAGACAAGAUCCUGGGGGACCUGAGCUACCGCAGCACAGGUUCUCUGUUCCCCCACCACGGCACGUUUGAGGUGAUCAAAAACACAGAUAUCGACCUGGACAAGAAGAUUCCAGAAGACCACUGUCCUCUCAGUGUCCAGAUUCCCAGCGACCUGCAGGGAACGGCCUAUAUCAAGGUGUCCAUACAGAAGACUGCUCCAGAUAUCGGAGACCUGGGUACCGUCAACCUCUUCAGACGACAGCCAAAGCCCAGAGCAGGCGCUCAGCAGUGGCACAUGCAGUUGGAGACGGCUCAGAAUGUUCUGUUGUGUAAAGAGAUUCUGGCUCAGCUCUCCAGAGAGGCUGUUCAGCUAAAGAGCCAGAUCCCCCACAUAGUGGUCAAAAACCACAUCAUCUCCCAGCCUUUCCCAGGGCUACAGCUCUCCAUCUCACUCUGCCACUCUACUGGUGAGAAGAAGAACCAGCGUUCUCCUGUGGAGAACAAACCAGACGACCACCUGUAUGUGCUAGAACACAACCUCCACCAGCUCAUACGAGAGUUCCAUAAGCAGUCCCUGACGUCGCUGGUGAUGCCCCACCCGGUGAGCGCUCCGCUAGGCCCCAAGCGUCUGCGCCUGGCCGGCCCCCUGGCCUACGACAAGAGCGCCCUGACCAACCUGCAGAGCAGCGAGGGCUUGCUGGAGAAGAUCAUCAAACAGGCCAAACACAUCUUCCUCAGGAGCAGGACGGCACGCACCAUUGACAGUCUGGCGUCGCGUGUUGAAGACCCCCAGAUCCAGGCCCACUGGUCAAACAUCAACCACGUCUACGAGUCCAGCGUCAAAGUCCUCAUCACCUCCCACGGCUACGAACAGAUAUGCAAGUCCAUCCAGCUGCAGUUAAAUAUCGGUGUUGAACAGAUCAGAGUUGUUCACCGAGACGGUCGAGUCGUCACACUCUCUCACCAGGAACAGGAGCUGCAGGACUUCCUGCUGUCACAGAUGUCCCAGCAUCAGGUGCAUGCGGUGCAGCAGCUGGCUAAGGUGAUGGGAUGGCAUGUGCUCAGCUUCAGUAAUCACGUGGGUCUUGGAGCCAUCGAGAACAUCGGCAACGCGUCUGCUGUCACCGUAGCGUCGCCUAACGGAGAGCACGCCAUUUCAGUGCGGAACGGUCCGGAGCAGGGCUGUCGUGUGCUGGUGCAGCGUGUGCGUGGAGUGGGGGGGGCGGGCGGGGGUGGCGAGGUCGUGCAGGAUCUACGCUGGGCCCAGCUGAGGGGAGCGCACAGAGAGGUCAACUGGGGACGCAUGGAGGGACGCAACUUCAUCUACAAGAUGGAGCUCCUGAUGGCUGCUCUCACACCUUGCCCUUAACACACACACUCACACACACGCACACACACACAUGCACGCACGCACACACACACACACACACACACACUCACACACACAAGAUGGAGCUCCUGAUGGCUGCUCUCACACCUUGCCCUUAACACACACACACACACACGCACGCACAUACACACACGCACGCACACACGCACUCACACACACACACACACACACACUCUCACACACACACACACACACACACACACACACAAGAUGGAGCUCCUACUGGCUGCUCUCACACCUUGCCCUUAACACACACACACACACAC